AAACUUGCAAUUCGUUGCGAAUUUUCCUGUCAUCCAUUUCCUGUGGUUAUUUAACAUUUACCAGCUGUUUUUUGUCGAAAAAUCGCGAUGGCUGUGCGUUUAUUGAGUAAAUUAAGGGUUCUGCCCGAGAUUCGCGGUGUGGCAAACGUAAGUUCCGCCGCUGCACCCGCCACAUUGUCAGAUUUCGAUGUGCAGCACAAAACACCAGUUAUAAGGAAACAGAAGCUGAUUCCUAAGGCGCAGUAUGGGGGACGUCACGCGGUUACCAUGUUACCUGGUGGAGGUAUCGGCCCAGAGUGCAUGGGCUACGUCAGAGACAUUUUCAAAUACAUUGGCGCGCCAGUGGACUUCGAAGUAGUGGACAUCGACCCCACGGUGGACAACGAUGACGACGUGCAGUACGCCAUCACAACCAUCAAGAGGAACGGUGUUGGACUUAAGGGUAACAUCGAGACGAAAAGCGAAGCGGCGUAUGUGACGUCACGCAACGUGGCGCUCCGCAACGAGCUGGACAUGUACGCUUACGUGCUCAACUGCAAGUCGUAUCCCGGCGUCGAAACGAGGCACAAAGACAUCGACAUUGUGAUUAUCAGACAAAACACAGAAGGCGAGUACGCCAUGUUGGAGCAUGAGUCUGUGAACGGUGUAAUCGAGUCGAUGAAGGUGGUGACGGCGAGCAACUCGGAGCGCGUCGCCAGGUUCGCCUUCGAGUUCGCCAAGAGGAACGGCAGGAAGAAGGUAACUACUGUCCACAAAGCCAACAUAAUGAAGCUAUCUGACGGCUUGUUCUUGGAGACGUCGCGCAGACUCGCCAAGGAGUACCCCGACAUCGAACACAAUGAUAUGAUCAUCGACAACUGUUGCAUGCAGCUUGUUGCCAAACCUCACCAGUUCGACGUGAUGCUGAUGACGAACCUGUACGGUUCGAUCGUGUCGAACGUGGUGUGCGGCAUCCUGGGCGGCGCCGGGCUGCUCUCCGGCAGGAACUACGGCGACCACUACGCUGUGUUCGAGCCCGGCACCAGGAACACUGGUACGGCCAUAGCCGGCAAGAACGUCGCCAACCCGAUCGCCAUGAUCAACGCCUCGGUCGACAUGCUGGAGCACCUCGGACACCACUUCCACGCGGACCUGCUUCGCCGCGCCAUAGACAAGACGGUCAACGUAGACCGCGUGCUGACCCCUGAUGUUGGCGGCACUGCGUCCUCCACGGAGGUUGUCGAUAAUAUCAUCAACAAUAUCGGCAGGUGUUAGGUUGACGGAAUAAAGCGCAGGGGAGGGGGAUAGAUGAAUGUAGAUAACUUUUGUUGCUUUGCGUCUAGGUAAUCGCAUGAUCAGGCAUACCUAUUUUAGUGUUAAAUAAAAAUAUUUCCAAAUUUCGAUUUGUACCAAGGUAUUAUUUGCAAGUAGGUCUAGCAGCCGUUUUUAAUAAACGAUUCCAAUCUCAAUCUCCAAUCCGAUACCGAGAAUGAAACAAUCAAAAUAAGUUACUUGCAAGUAUGUCAAAAAUAGUUUGUUCUGAUUGGUCUAUUUUUGAGAUAUAUCAAAUAAGCGAUUGGGAUCGUUUAUAUAAUGGCGGUAAGAGAUAUGUUUAUGUAUUUUCUCUCCCCUGUAUCCUAGAAGUGGAUCGCCCAAAAUGCGAUACCUAUAAAUACACUCUGAAUAUGUCGGCGAUUAUCGAUAUAAUUGUUGCCAUAUUUAUAAUCGAAUGAUCUGUGACAUUAACAAACAAUGGACGAAUAAAUAAACAAAAAAUAUAAUAUUAGUGCCACCUAUGAAUGCCAAAUAUUGAUAUUUAAUUUAUAUAGCUUUCAAUUCAUAUUCAUAACAAUUAAUUCGAGACAUUUUAAUCAUCGAUACUUAAUCAUUUUAUAUGGAUAAUCGCUUACAUUUAAAAUAUUGCGCUUUUUCAUCCAGUGCCAGUAAACGACGAAAUCCAAGUGAAAGAAGUUAAAAAUUAUUUCACUGGGAAUUCGUCUUAGUAAAUUUUGUAAAAAAAGUAAAGAAACGAGCAACAAUAAUUAGGAAAAACAUGUGACCUUUAUUAUAAAAUAAGCACAAAUUGUUUGUAAUACUGAUCAAAUCAUAGAUAAUUUAUUAAAUUAUUGAUCUGUGGGUAAAGCCAAAAUUUUUGUUCCUUAUGCAGUAUUAAAACAAUAUUAAUUUUGGUUUACAAUUAUGGCUAUCUAUAAAAUUACGUUUACUUUAAUAUCCGGCUUUUUUAUGAACUCUCUAAUAAUAGUGAAGAUCUUAUUAACGUAUUAAAUAUAAUUUCAAUGUAAUACUGAUUUCAGAAUGUUUUGGAGAAGGAAGAGAAGGGACUUUGUGAUUUAUGUUUUACAGUAUAUCGUUACUUUUUAUCACAUACAAAAAAAUAGGAAUAUUAAGUGACAAAAUGACUUGAGUGAAUUUGUACAACUUUUUAUAAUACAUAAUUUGGCAGUUUACAAGACUGUACGAAUGGAGGCCUUUGCCUAUCUGGUAAAAUAAAAUAAUGAAAAUCUCUGCUCUCUCUUCUCGAUGUUCAAACUAAAUGUGAUCAAAUUGUUCAUAUUUACAAGUUAAGUAUUACCAUGUAGUUGUAGUAUUUAUUUUGUGAUGUUGUUGAUUAAAUCGCCGUUGUUA